AUGACCACGCACGACUCUAAUAAACCGUACAUUCCACUCGCCGGCUUGGCCGAUGAUGGCUGGUCUGAAGGGGGCAGGGCAACAGCAACCUGCUAUUGUGGCACUGUCCAGCUGUCAUUCCCAACCGAGGGUCCAGGCCUCGUCGACACAUUCAUCUGCCACUGCACCGACUGCCGCAAAAUCACAGCCUCAAUGUUCGCAUCGAACUUCAUCAUCGCAGAUUCCCAUCUGACACACGUCCGAGGGCGUGAGAAACUAAGCACAUUCAGGCAGUCAAAAACAAUAGAAUCGGGAAAGGCCAUGACAAAUUAUUUCUGCUCGGUCUGUGGAUCGCUGAUGUACCGCGUGGGCGAUGCGUUCCCCGGAAGCAGUAUCCUGCGGAUUGGUACGGUAGAUGAUUUUCAUCUACAUGAGUCCAAGUUGAAGCCGAGAGUUGAGCAGUAUGCGAAGGAUCGGGUUGGGUGGUUGCGCGAUGCAGAUGGUGUCAAGCAGGUUCAGGGCUCGGCUUAUACUCCACGGCAGCGUCGAGAAGCUCUAUGA